UCCCUCAAAAAUCUUUUUUAGCAAAAUGAGUCUCUUAGCAUUUUUUCCAAUUUUCUUCAUCUUUCUCUUUAACUUAUCAUUAGCAGCAAAUACCAUUUACAAUGUUCAAAAUUUUGGAGCAAAAUCCAAUGGCCAAACAGACUCAUCAAAAGCAUUUUUGAGUGCAUGGGGAGCAGCUUGUGCUUCUACUAGCGCAGCCACUAUUUACGUGCCACGUGGAAAUUACUUGAUUCGCAAUGCGUACUUCAAUGGUCAAACAUGUAAGAGUAAUGCUAUUACAAUACGUAUCGAUGGCACUCUGUUAGCUCCCUCUGAUUAUAAUGUAAUUGGCAAUGACGAAAAUUGGAUAAAGUUUGAAAAAGUCAACGGUGUUUCUAUCUAUGGUGGAAUUUUUGAUGGUCAAGGUGCUGGUCUUUGGGCUUGCAAGAUGGCCUCAGGCAAAAAUUGCCCUAAAGGAACUACGGCACUGGCUUUUUUCAACUCAAACAACAUUGUAAUCAACGGAGUAACUGCACAAAAUAGCCAAAUGUUUCAUAUUUUGGUAGAUGGUUGCCAUAACGUGAAGCUACAAGGAGUGAAGGUGUCAUCUCCAGGAAAUAGCCCUAAUACUGAUGGUAUUCAUGUACAAUCAUCGUCAGGAGUGAGCAUUAUGAACUCACAUAUUGGUACUGGAGAUGAUUGUAUCUCUAUUGGCCCUGGAAAUUCUAACUUAUGGAUCGAAGGCAUUGCUUGUGGCCCUGGCCAUGGAAUCAGCAUUGGAAGCUUAGGUUGGGAAUCGCAAGAGCAAGGAGUACAAAAUGUGACAGUUAAGACGGUUACCUUCACGGGAACCGAGAAUGGUGUUAGAGUAAAAACUUGGGCAAGACCUAGCAAUGGCUUUGUUAGAAAUGUUCUCUUUCAACAUAUUGUUAUGACUAAUGUUCAAAAUCCAAUAAUCAUAGACCAAAAUUAUUGUCCUAAUCAUGAAAGCUGUCCUAAUCAGAGUUCUGGUGUAAAGAUAAGUGACGUAACGUAUGAGGACAUACAUGGAACAUCAGCUACAGAAGUAGCAGUGAAAUUAGAUUGUAGUAAAACAAAUCCAUGUAUUGGAAUAACACUUGAAGAUGUGAAUCUUAGUUAUAAAGAUGGUAGAGCUGAAGCUUCAUGUGUUAAUGCUGGAGGAAGAGCUUCUGGUUUCCAAGAACUAACUCAUUGCUUAUAAAUUAGAACAAGUAUAUAUAUAUAAUGCAUAUUUUAAUGAAGAAUAUGGACACUCUAAUAAUGUAAUUUUAUUGUUUGUGUUACUUGUUUGGAGGCUGGCCUCGAAAGCUCCAACUUUUAAACUAUAUUUUUGUAUUCUUUUAAUUUGUAAUGUAUUUAUUUAUACUUGUUGUUCAAUUGUUCCUUAUGUAACAUUAUUAAAUGUCUAAUGAAAUGUACAACACCGAUGGAAGCUUAUAUUCCCUUUGUUUGUAACGACCCUAUC